GGCUCUCUCACAGUUAGCAUGUGUCUGUGCUAACGUUUUAGGCUAUCAGAGUAAGCUUAGAAAAGACAUCAGAGUUGAGUUGAGUUCUCCUUCCAUGACUCCUGGAUGAAUUCACCUACUACGCUGAAUGCUAACCGCCGUUAAAAACCAAAGAAGAAGAAGAAGACUCGUCUGUGUGUAAAAUUUCCGGGUGUCAACACCCGACAGGACAAACAACAACAUGUGGAUACGAAGAGGAGCUCCACCGACAAAGAAAAGUGCUGGAUGUGAUUUUAACACCUGAAAUCAAGCUGCAGAGAGCAGCUGUUGGUGAGUAAAGGAGAGCUUCCCCUGAGCAGGAGUGGAGCCACAUUCUGGACCAGGAGGACACUGAGUCCCCACACAUCAAAGAAGUACAGGAGGAACUGUGGAGCAGUCAGGAGGAAGAACAGCUUCAAGGACUGGAGGAGGCUGAUACCACCAAGUUCCCCUUCACUUCUGUCUCUGUGAAGAGUGAAGAUGAUGAAGAGAAACCUCAGUCCACACAGCUUCAUCAGACACAAACUGAACAGAUGGAAACUGGAGUUGAUGAAGAGGACUGUGGAGGAGCAGAACCAGAGAGGAACUCAGAUCCAGAGAGACGUUUACAACCAGAGAUUGAGGUCAAGAUUGAAGACUCUUCGGAAGUUGAGACUGAAGACAGUGAUGAUUGGAGGGAGACCAGAGGGAAUCAAUCAGGUUUAAAUUAUGUGGGGAAAUUUAAAAACACAACUGAUAGGAUUUCACACAGCUGCUCAGAUUGUGGUAAAACAUUUAAAAAGAAACUGAAUCUGACCAGGCACAUUCGAAUUCACACAGGAGAUAAACCCUUCAGCUGCUCUGAGUGCAGUAAAAGAUUUAACCAAAAAUCUUCUCUAAACAAACACAAGAGAAUUCACACAGGAGAGAAACCCUUCAGCUGCUCUGUUUGCGGUUCCAGAUUUAAUCAAAAAGGGCAUCUGUCUAGACACAUGUUGGUUCACACGAAAGAGAAACCCUACAGCUGCUCUGAGUGUGGUAAAAGAUAUAACCAUAAGCAAACUCUGACAAUUCACAUGGCACGUCACAUAGUUGAAAAACCUUCCAGCUGCUUUAUUUUUGACAAAAGAUUUUCUUUGUCUUAUCAGUUAGAAGAAACAUUUGGAGGUCAGGCUUCAGGGCUUGAUCAAAACCAAACUGAGGAGAAAAAAGAGGCAGAAACGGGAGCUGUUGGAGAGGACUAUGGAGGAGCAGAACCAGUCAUGAUGUUAGAUCCAGAUUUACAACCAGAGAUUGAGUUCAAAACUGAAGACCCUUCAGAAGGGGAGACUGAAGACAGGAAUUAUUUGAAGGAUACAACAGGACAUACGUCAGGUUUAACCUCUGUGGAAAACAUUACAAAUAAAAGACCAAAGACUGAUGAAAAAUCACAUACCUGUUCUGAGUGUGGUAAAACAUUUACAAUUAAACAGCACCUGAAACAACACAUUAGAAUUCACACAGGAGAGAAACCUUUCUUCUGCUCUGUUUGCAGUAAAAGAUUUAACCAUAAAUCUAAUCUGACACGUCACAUGGCACAUCACAGAGAGAAAUCAUACAGCUGCUCUCUUUGCAGUAGAAGAUUUAACGCAAAUGGUAUUCUGAAGAAACACAUGUUAGUUCACACAGGGGAGGAGCUACCCUUCAGCUGCUCUGAGUGCAGUAGAAGAUUUCGCCAAAAAUCUUCUCUAAACAAACACAAGAGAAUUCACACAGGAGAGAAACCCUUCAGCUGCUCUGUUUGCGAUAAAACAUUUAACCACAAGUCUAGUCUGACACUUCAAAUGGCACAUCACAGAGGAGAGAAACCCUUUAGCUGCUCUGUUUGUCACCGUACAUUCUCUUGGCAUCCACAGUUAAAAAGGCACAAGUGUGUUGGAGGGCAGGCUGAAGAGCUUCAUCAAAAUCAAACUGCAGAGAAAAGAGAGGCAGAAACAGGAGCUGAUGGAGAGGACUGUGGAGGAGCAGAACCAGAGAGGGACUCAGAUCCAGAGAGACGUUUACAACCAGAGACUGAGGUCAAGACUGAAGAAUCUUCUGAACCUGAGACUGAAGACAGUGAUGAUUGGCAAGAGACAACGGAAUAUCAUUCAGGUUUAAACUCUGUGAAAAACAUAGAAAAGGGACUGAAGACUAAUAAGAAAUCACAUACCUGUUCUGAGUGUGGUAAAACAUUCAAACAGAAACCAAAUCUGACUAGACACAUGAAAAUCCACACGGGAGAAAAACCCUUCAGCUGCUCUGAGUGCAGUAAAAGUUUUAAUCAAAGAUCUGCUCUGAUCAAACACAUUAGAAUUCACUCAGACGAGAGCCCCUUCGGCUGUUCAAAGUGCAAUAAAAGAUUUAAUGAUAAAGGAAAUCUGACAAGACACAUGAGAAUUCACAGAGGAGAAAACCCCUUUAGCUGCCCUGAUUGUGGGAAAAGAUUUAACCUGAAGCAGAAUCUAAAAGUCCACAUGGCCCAGCACAUACUGGACAAACACUUACAGAACUUGAUUUGUAAUCAAAGAUUCUAUUGGUCAAAUAAGUCAAAAGAAGACAAGUGUGUUGGAGGUCAGUCUUUAGAGCUUUAUGAUAUCCAAAUGGAGGAGAAAGGAGAGGCAGAAACAGGAGCUAGUGGCAAGGACUCUGGAUAAGCAGAAACAGCCAGGAUCCAGAAAGUUCUGAAUAAACACACACAAGAUACUUAUGGCCAAGGAUAAGCCCUCAGUGAAGAAACUCUUCAUCCCAGUUAUGCCCCUAUGCCAGACUUUUGGACUUGAGCUUCUAUAGUGCGUUUCUAGUCUUCUGACUACUCAAAGGGCUUUAACACUGUAGGUCACACCUACACAUUCACACAUGAUGAUGAUGGUAGAGGCUGCUGUGUAAAGUGACCAUCAGAAGUAACUAAUCCAUUCAUACACAUUCAUACACCGCCGACAAAGUAGCGGGAACAAUUUGGGUUUUAGUGUCAUGCUCAAGGACACAUCGUACAAGUUGCUGCAAGAGCUGGGGAUCCAACCCCUGACCUUACAAUUGAGAGACCACCAGCUCUACCACUGAGCCACAGCCACACCGAACACAUGGCUCUUGGUUAACCAGUUAGGUAGUGACAACACCAACACUACCUACCCACCCACAUUUCCUCUAUUGCCCCCACAACCCAGCCAUGUAGACCAGUCUAACUUAUUGGGUCAGGGGCUUGGUUUGUUUGAAUGAGGCUGGGCUAUUUUUUUGCCAACAUCAAUAGGACCUAACACUCACAUGUAUUUUCUGCUUGCGGAUUUACGGUUUUAAAAUAAUUCAAUAUACGUAGGUUACAUUUACCAAUCUGUGAGCAUUGAAUGUUAACACUCACAAAAAAACGACAUUUAAACCUCAGGCUUUCGUUGGCCUUUGCAGAGUGUGAACAGUGAAUUGAUGGUUGUGAUUGGUUUCAGUCUAAAUAACUACUGGAUGAAAAGAUGAUUGUGAAGGUUUUCAGUCAUCCAGGCCAUGGUAAUUUGAAGCUUGAUCCAAAGCAGCUGGACUUGGUUGAAGAUUUUGAAGGACUGUACCUUUUGUGGCUUUUGGAAUUGAAUACCUCUCAAUGACUUCUACAAUUCUACAAUUCACUUAGCAGACGCUUUUAUCCAAAGCGACGUACAUCAGAGAGUAAGUACAACACAAGCAAGGAUCUAGAAAAAAGGGAACAAUGUCAGUAAGAGCAAACGAUCAGCUUUGAGUCUGAUUGGACACACAGGUGCUGACAGGAAGUGACCAGAGGCAAAGCACAACAUUGACAGCAGUUCUUGAGAGCUCUAAUCAGUAUAGAAACCAUCUUAUAAGUCGUCGUUAUCAAACAAAGACCAUCGUCAUUACCAUCAUCAUCAUCAUCAAUAAUAUGGAGACCAUCAUCAUUAAGUUAGUAGUUAAGUCAUGAGUUCACU